AUGUGCCCAUUGUGCAGGUGUUCCAUCCAGAGGGAGUGUUCCUGGGGGCCUCUGGCGCGCUCCUGGAUCGGGAUGGGCGAAGGUCCCCAGCAGUGCCCCUCCAUGACUCUCACCCCCCCAGAGAUCAGCCUAUCCGCUGACAUCAAGGUACCAUACAUUACAUCAUAACUGUUUUUAUGUGUCAUCAGGUGUAUGUAAGUUCAAACAUAUUGUUAAGUGAAUCAUGUGAAGUGCCAAGUCAUUAUUUAAAGUAUUGAGUUGUUACGUUCAUAAGAUUUCUCAAGUGUAUGUACAGUCGGUACAUUAUGAGGAUCAGACACAGCAUUGUGUUGGGUAUGUAGGUCAGGUUGGCUGAGAUAGGUCCAGCAGCUGUCCAAUCCCAAGUCAUCACUCAGGACCACAGGAAGCUGGGCCCACUGCCGUCUCCCCAAACAGGAAGCAGCAAGCAGGAAAGAGGAAGUCAGCGCCACAGCCAGGAAGGAUCAAUUCCAAAGACAAUAGAGUGGAGUUCAGUGUAGCAUGUUACCAUAUAUCACUGGCCUCUCCAACUACUGUCUCUACAGCUAUGUCAUCUUCCUGUCUGUCUGUCGCUCUGACUAUUCACCCCCCCCUCGUCUCCCCCUCUUCCUCCCCCUCUGUUUUUCUCCCACAUAUUGAAAUGAGUUCAGUGAGAUUGACAGACAAUGAAGUGUGAUGUUCCUCAGUGUUGUGAUCCCAGUAUAGAUCUCUCAUGUCUCUCGUCACGCAACAGUAUGUUUAGAUGCAAGUUUACUAUUGCCAUCUGUCUUUUGGAGACAUAAAGAUUUCUCUCUCCCUCUCUUUCCUUGCCUCCAACCCCCUCACCCCUCCUUCUCUCCACCAGGAUGUGGGGAUUCUGAUAAACGGCAGUGUCCCUGAUCUGGUUGGUUCGCGGGUGGAAUGUGACUAUGGAUUGGGCGUUGCCACGGCAGCCACGGUGCACCUUGACUACGGCCCAGCCCAGAUUCAGACCUGCCCCCUACUGCCUCGGGAGAGGUACCCCAACAUCCCCCCUGGCAGAGGUAAGGGUUACAUAUACUACUGGUAGACCAAUAGUUGGAUUUCAUCCUGUGACAUCACUGCUGAUCUUGACAUAUGCUGAGACAUUUCCAUAUUAUAUGUUGUUGUGCCAGAUCACCUGAUGGUUCCCGUGGCGAUAAAGGUGAACGGCACGUCCGUGGUUUCCGGGAGCUUCGUCAUCUAUGAUUGCGAGAGGACAGGAGUGAUACACCCCAAGACUGCGUGA